ACCAAGGGCUUCAAUCCACCACCAGGAGCAUUGAGCAUAUACCCUCCUCUUCAUCAUAUCUUGAAAGAAACUGAAGUACCAACAAGAAGAUGGGGCGCUCGCUUCUCUCUCAGUUCCUCAAUCUUUCAAACGCCUGUCCACGCUUCACUUCAUGUAGCAUUUCAACUAAAUCACAACGGGCAUUUCCAGUAAUUCAUCGUAAUUACCUUCCAGUUGCUGGAGGUGUUAGCAGCCACAAAUGCUAUUGCAGUGUAUCAGCCCCCGAACCUACUGUUUCAGAGGGUUCCUCCUCAUCUAUAAACAGGAAGAGAAUUGUGUCGGGUGUCCAACCAACAGGAUCUAUACACCUCGGGAAUUAUCUUGGAGCGAUAAAAAAUUGGGUAUCACUGCAGGAUAAAUAUGAAACGUUAUUCUUUAUAGUGGAUCUCCAUGCGAUAACUCUACCGUAUGACGUCCAACAACUGUCUAAAGCAACUAGAGAUACUGCAGCUCUUUAUUUGGCAUGUGGUGUGGACACCUCAAAGGCUUCUGUAUUUGUGCAAUCUCAUGUUCGUGCCCAUGUAGAAUUAAUGUGGCUGUUGAGUUCUGCUACACCAAUCGGCUGGCUAAACAGAAUGAUUCAGUUCAAAGAGAAAUCACGAAAGGCGGGUGAUGACAAUGUCGGGGUUGCACUUUUGACCUAUCCGGUGUUAAUGGCGUCAGAUAUUCUUUUGUACCAGUCUGAUUUAGUCCCUGUUGGUGAAGACCAAAAGCAGCAUUUAGAAUUGACACGAGAGCUGGCUGAACGCGUUAAUCAUCUAUAUGGUGGUAGAAAAUGGAAGAAGUUAGGAGGCCGAGGUGGUUCAAUCUUUAAGGUUCCAGAGCCGUUAAUUCCUCCUGCUGGAGCACGAGUGAUGUCACUUACCGAUGGUCUUUCUAAGAUGUCCAAGUCUGCUCCUUCAGAUCAGUCUCGUAUUAAUUUGCUCGACUCAAAAGAUGCAAUUGCAAACAAGAUUAAGCGUUGCAAGACGGAUUCUUUUCCUGGGUUGGAAUUCGACAAUGCUGAUAGGCCCGAAUGCAAUAACCUUCUAUCAGUAUAUCAAAUCAUUACAAAUAAGACAAAGGAGGAAGUUGCCCUAGAAUGUCGGGAUAUGAACUGGGGCACUUUUAAACCUAUUCUUACCGAUGCUUUAAUCGAUCAUCUCCAUCCGAUUCAGAAACGAUACGAGGAAAUUAUGUCGGAUACAGGUUAUUUGGACCAAGUUUUAGCAGAGGGUGCAAGCAAAGCUGCCGAUAUAGCAGAUGUUACUCUUAGUAAUGUAUACCAAGCAAUGGGAUUCUUAAAGAGAUGAGAGCCGGUAUUAAAAUAUAUAUCAGAUUAAGAAAGCCAUCAUUCGUUGACGCGGAUUUUCUUAUUUCACGCUGCUAGAAAAAGCUAGUUAACAGGCAUGUUUGCAUUCUUUUGUGCAUUUAUAUUAAUGUAUUGAGUUCCAAAAAUGUUUUAGACGUUAGUUGGUGCACUCAGGUCGAGUACACAUAAGUGUUUGGUUAAUUAUAAAACUUUAUUCUUGCAACA